UUUAUGGGUUGAGUUAGCUUCUGAAGAAGAACUGAGACUUGUGUUUCCGCUGUCCAGCAUCACGAAACUCAUCACUUUGUCUUUCCAAGUUCCCUCUGAACACACCCUCAGUAACCCGAAAAGUCUGGGAACGAGAGCAUUGAAGAUGAAAAAGCUCCACAUCCAUGAUGAGUUAUCUCACUGUAGGCUACAAGAACCACCAAGAAGGGCAAGUCCAUUUUCCUGGUGGCUACAAGAAGUCCACGGUGCUAGACAGAGACUUCUUCAGGCGAACGGUUGGGGGGGGGGCACCUCAAUUGAACCAGUCCCACUUCAUGAGUUGUUUUCAACGCGACACAUUUCUCCUCCCUCUGCAAAACCUUUCCCUCUGCAAAAUCUCUUUCCGUGAAUGUUGCCCGAGCUGGGCCUUCUUCACAGCGCCAGGACCAGGAAGAAAGCGAAAGAAAGAAAGAAAAGGACCAAGAAGACAGAGAGAAACUCUCUUCGGUGUCCAAUGCUUCCCAGUGUGCCAUGUGCAUAAAGAAGAGUGAAGCAUGAAGCCCAGGACACCCCUCAAAGUCCCCUUCUCCCCUUGGAUGAACACAGCAAGGUCACUCCAUGAGCCGGUUCCUCACCAGAAUUGGCAUGAGAAGCGCUUAUAUUUGCAAAGUACGACAAAGCAGAAUUCCGUCAGAGGUGCAUCAGAGGGAAGCAUUGCAAAAAAAAACACAAGAGACCUUGAAACUCCAGGAAGAAGCAACCAAAUUCUCUUCGGAAUCCACUGGACGUCGAGAAGGAAGGUCCUCUCCUUCCAGUGCCAUAGGGGUUCACAUUAUGACCAGCCCCAAAUCAUCGUCAAGUUCAAACAAGCACAGCAGUACAGUCCUGGACAACACCUCGUUCAAUAUUCCUAGUUCAUACAGUAGCCCUCCUAAGACCCAGCCUUCCAAAUAUGAACUGGAGAUCGGGAGCCCGAGAAAAUCAAGUAGUUUUUCUGGAAAAGAGCAGGUGGAGAACAUCUUGGAAGAAUAUGCACAACAAGUCAGAGACUUGCAAAAGAAGCUAAGUGAAAACACAGAACAACAUGAGCAACAGAAAUUCGCUUUACGGCAAUCGGUUAUUGAGCUGCAGACGAAUCUGGAAAACGCGAUGAGAGAGAAAGAAUCCCUUAAUGAAUUAAGCAGACGAAAGGAAUCUCAAUCACAAGAAAGUCACAACAGCAGGCUGAGGGCCACGGUGGAUGAGUUGCAGACGGCCAGCCUGCUUCAGGAGGAAAUGCUGAAGGAAUCCAGUAGCCAGAUUGAAUAUCUGAAAAAGUUGGUCCAGGGCCACGAUGAGGUUUUCGAACAGCUCCGCAAUCUUCUCCUGCAUUACGAAGGUGGCCCAGACCAGAAGACGUACGGAUACGAAAGCUUUGCCAAUAUGCGCAUAUCCUACCUGCCCGCUGCUUUUGCCAGGAUUCUCCAGGAUUUUGAAACAGAGAUGUUGCAUUUGAAAACCAAGCUUGCUCCACUGGAAGAGCAAAUAGAUAUGAUGCAAAGAGAAUCACAGUCGAAAACGGAAAUUUUGCUUCAGCAACAUCAGGACAGCAUUGAGAGGCUGAUCGGGGACCACGAACAGGAUUUGGAAGUCCUGAGGGAGGCAGCGAAGGCUUCCCACAGCCACGCCAACAAUAUUCAAAGCCAGAUGGAAAUCAUUCAAGAACAAGCCAAAAACCAGAAAUCUUUGUAUUUGCGUCAGAUCAGCCAGCUGGAAGGCACGAUAUCCCAACUGCGCUCUGAGCUACGGGAAGGAAUGAGGAUGUCCCAGGAUAAGAUAGAAGAUCUGGAGAAGCAGCUGCAUCUGGUUCACUCUGAGAUGACUGAAGCUCAGAUUGAAAGGGAUCAAUACAGCCAAGAAUCUGGAAACUUAGAUGAUGAGGUUCAGCAGUUGUUGAGAGUACAUGUUCUUGACUCUUGUUUGUUACUUGUAUGCUGCCCAUCUCGUCAAAAGGAACUAUACAUGCACCUCUUGGCUGAGCUCCACAAGAAAGACGUGGAGCUGAAUCUGGAAAAGGAGCAGAACAAGAGGCUCUGGGAUCGAGACACGGGGAGCAGCAUCACCAUCGACAAUCUGCGGAGGGAGCUGGACAACAAAAACAUGGAGCUGCAGCGCCUGGACUCCAUCGUGAGGUCCCUGCAGGUGGAGUGUGAAGGACAAAUUCAACGUCAGAUGUCUGCAAUUAAAGAGAGGAACGACAGCCUAGAGAGGGAAUCUUCCAUCCUGGCCCAGCUAAAUUCCACCAAAGAUAAGCUCCACAAAACUGUCCAAGAACUGAGUGAAAGGAAAUUAAGUCUGGACUCGGCAGAGCGGCUCAUCGCCGAUCUCAGGUCUUCCCACCUGGAGAAGGAAAGAGUCAUCGAACGCACCAAUGACGAGAUCCAGCAGCUGCGCGGACGGGUGGAGAGCAAACGGCAGGAGUUCCAGCAGCUGAAAAGUGAAAGCGAACUCCUGCGAAGCGUGCAGUCCGACUGCGAGUCGCUGAAGGUACAGCUGAUGGAGAAGGAGAAGGUGAUUGAGAUCCUCCAGAAGCAAAUCGAGAGCAUGACCGAGAUCGUAAGCCAACAUGGCCGGACGGCUGGCGCCAUAGAGACGGAGAAGUCUCAGCUCAUAAAAGAAGUUAGCGAGAAGAAAGUCGAAGUCCAAGAACUGAAGAUUUCGCAAGACAAGAAAGAGUGCCAGAUUCGUGAGUUAGAGGCCAGCCUGAGCGACAUGGAAUUAGAAAAGGUGAAACUGAUGAACGUGUGCUCGGAAAGGCUGCGGGUCCUGAAAGAGAUGAAACUGGAGCGAGAAGAACUUGUGAACGAAAUAAAAGCCAGUCGCAUUGAGCUCUCUGCACUAGCAGAGGAAGCAGAAGUGAUCAAGAAUGACUACCGAGAGAAAAACGAAGACAUGGAAACGAUUGUGAGCAAACUGAAAAUGCAGCUGAAAUCGGCUCAGAUUGAAUUGGAGCAAACCAGGGCCACUUUGAAGACCAUGGAGGGCUCUGAUGGCCAUGCCAUGAAAGUUGCCAUGGGGAUGCAGAAGCAAAUCACAGCCAAACGAGGGCAGAUCGAUGCUUUGCAGAGCAAGAUUAAGUUCCUGGAGGAAGCAAUGACUAAUGCAACUAAGGAAAAACAUUACUUGAAAGAAGAGAGGAUCCGAUUAAGUCAAGAGCUGAGCUGCAUGGCUGCUUUGAACAACAAAUUGGCUGGAGAAUUAGAAAUCCUAAAGUCCCAGGAUAAACGUUUAAAAGAUAAACUUCUGACGAUGGAAGCUGCUCUAGAUAAAGCAUCUCUACAGUUUGCCGAGUGCCAGUGCAUCAUCCAGCGGCAGGAACAAGAAAUGAUGCGCUACAAGCUUCAGCACACGUUAGAGGUGAAAGAGCUGCAGGGACCAGGACACACUGUGGGUUCCUCCUCCGUGAAGCAGCACUAUUCAUCCUUGCCUCACUCGUCCAGUGCGCCAUCAUGUCAAACAUUUGCAGGCCACAUUUCUCAUAUACCAUCCAAACUUAAAUACAGCAAGGAAGAUCCACUGCGAGAUUUGAAACAGCUCCUUCAAGAGUUGCGAAGCACAAUUGAUGAAAUACCUUCUGCGAUUCUUCCCCAAACAGAAAGUGACAGCGACCCUGACUUGAGCAGUACGCUAGACUUUCCUAGCAGCGAAAGCAUUGGCAGAAGAUCACAUGACCCCUGCAGGGACGCUGCCGUCAGAGAUUUACCUUUGGAGAGGACCAGGGGGCAAGAAACAUUUAGCAGGGAUGCAUCAAACUUACGUACUGCGGAUCUUGAAGAUCAGGAAUCAACUUUCCCUUUUACAUCAGGUGUGUCCCAAAUCUCUGCUCGCUACACCUCUUCAAAGAAACCAUCCUUAGAGGAUCGAUACAAAGAUAGGUCUCCUGUGCAUUCCUUGCUAACUGCUCCUUUGGAUGACCUUAAGGCAGCUCCUGUACCUUCCUUGGAACGACGGUCCAGUCUGAAGAAGAACAACAACUCCCCAGAAGCCACAACUGCAACCACUAGUCGAAGUGUUUCUUUCACCACCUCUGCCUCGAUUCAGACGGGGGAAUCCAGUGGAAGCGCUUGCAGGAAAUUACAGAACAAGAUGGAGAAUCUACAAAACCUUGUGGAAACAAUGCAGUUAAAAAACCAAGCAAUGUCCACCAUGAUCAGAUGCCAGGAAAAGAAAAUAGAGCAAGCCAAGGAAAAAGAGAAGAAGCUCUCCAAAUGAAUAUAUAGGCACGUUUAUUUUUUUUUAAUCCCCCAAAGAGGCAUCCAUAUUGCCUUUUGCCGAAUGGAAUCUUUUUAAGCAUCCUGUUCUUGUUAAUAAUAAAAGUUGACAUAGUUUUGUAA